UACAUUGAGUAUACGUUUCAAUCACAAAAACUGUAAACACGUUAAAGUAAUUUAAGUAACUAUAUGUUCUUUUUGUAAACAAAUAAGUAGAUAUAAAAAUAUGAUCUUCUUUAAUAAAAUAAUUAAAUAAUGUGUACGGUGUCCGUCUUUUUUCUAAUUUUAUCAUGUCAAGUAUUCGGAGUACGACGACAAUUGAAUCCUUUUGACCACUACAAAGAGUUCUUGGCAAAGCAAGAAGAAGAGAAAGCUGCUUUAAGACAGUCCGGAUACAAUAAAUCUCAGUUGAAGACUUAUUUUUCGAAAGCUGGAAAACGGAUAGGGCCGAAAAGGACUCUCGAGUACAAUCCCCGAUGGGGCUACGAGCCUUACUGGAAAGGGGGUGACUGGGUGUUCAACAGGUCCAGCAUUAGUUUGGCCAAUGGCACCUGCGGCCACAAGUGUUCCGACAUAUAUAAACAAUACGGCACGGUCUGCGCAGUGACGAACCGGAUAGACUACAGCAAAUGGACUUCCCAUUACUACAAGACCUUUGAAAACAUCUGCGCCGUGCGGAGCUAUGAUUGUUACGACCGCGGAUUGUGGAGAGUCAUCUACCGCGGGAAAUGCCGGGAGGGAUUUACAACAUAUCCUUACCCCACUCCUUCCGUGGGCAACACUGCACCAAAGAGAACAGCUCUACUUCAUAUCGACGUAUACACCAGAGUCGCACUGAACGCGUAUGGGCUGACGAAUGGAGGCUUUGUAGCGAGACGAGUGCGCGGGGCCCGCGCGCCGCCGCUCUCCGGCGGACGCGUCACCAAACCCGACAUCACUCAUCUCCAUAAAAUAUUUCAUUAAUUUACAUGUAAAUUAUUGAAAUAUUUUCUUCGUUAUAACCUACGAUUAUGAGCUUAGAAACGUUAUUUAAAUGGUGAUAAAAACUAAUUUAAAAUUUUCACGUUUCAUCAGUAAUUGCUUAAAACACGCGCGCGUACAUUUUAAUACUGUAGACUCAGAAUUCCAUCGAAAACAUCCGAUCAAUUUUUGAUCACGAUGACUGACUUAAAUUAUAACCAUCCAUCCAUCAAAAACUGCUUUACUCGGUAAUAGCAUAGUAUGUAUGGCACCGAAAAUUUACAACAAAAUUCCAAAUCAAUAUAAAAGCUUAAAUUUAAAUCUAUUUAAAAAGCACCUCAAGUCUUUAUUAACUGAUAAAUGUUAUUAUACUUUAAAUGAUUUCUUUAAUGAUAGACUCGGAUAGAAUUUAGGGCUAGUAUAAGUACAUUAUAAUUCUUUUUUUGUUUUGGAUUUGUAGUGGAUAGCAUGCUCCUCUUUAUUUAUUUAUAUUUGCAUACCUAUAUUCGGUAAAACGUGUAGGUCUAAUUCAUUUUGACUAUUUGUACUCAUGUUUUUGGCAAAUAAAUGUUUUCUUUCUUUCUUUCUAACCAGCGUGGAAUCCAGUGGUGACAAAAAAUCUCAUUUUGUUGAGUCAAUAUCCACCAGAAUACGCCCUCCACCCCACUCGUAUCUUCCCUGACACAGUCCUUCUCUUUGUAACACCAUCCUCUCCCACACAUUCACCUUCAUAAACUAAGCUAUUUACAGUAAUUACCUACUU